GCCCAAACCUUAGGGAUGGAGAAGACACCGGACAGAGACGCGCUCAGUGGCAGGAUGGAAGCCGAGGGGUCCCUGAACUCGGAGGAACUGCCGCCGCAUCCCCAGUCCCCGCCACCACCGCCGUCCCCAAGGUCUCCCACGUCCCCGGUGACCCCGGAGCUCCCCCAGCCCAAUGCACCGACUGAGGUUGAAGCCAGGCAGCUGCUAGUAGAAGAAUGGGGACCCCUGAGCGGGAAACUGGAGCUGCCCCCGAGAAUCAGCUGGCAGCUGCUGUUCCUGGAGCGGCCGCUCUACCGCAACCUGCUCAGCUCACCGAACCCGGAAGGCAUUAAUAUCUACCAGCCGGCGCCCCCCACGGGUCCCACCCGGAAACCCCUGAAGGAGCUGGGUAAUUUCCGUGGAUGGUACAUUACUACUCAAAACCUCCAGGGGCCUCUCAGCUGGACUGUGAAGGAGCAGUGCGUGAACCUGCUGGCCAAGAAGCUGUGGGAGGAGCUGCUGGAUGACGAACAGCCUGACAUCACCAUCAUGGACUGGUUCGAGGACAGCCGCCUAGACCAGUGUGUUUAUGAGCUGCAUGUCUGGCUGUUAGCAGCUGACCGCCGCACGGUCAUUGCCCAGCACCACGUGGCCCCUCGGACCAAUGGGAGAGGACCCCCUGGCCGCUGGAUUCAGGUGUCCCACGUCUUCCGCCAGUACGGCCCCGGAGUGCGCUUUGUCCACUUCCAGCACAAGGCUAAGAACCGCAUGGAGCCUGGGGGACUGCGGAGGACAAGGGUGACCGACUCCUCCGUGUCUGUGCAGCUCCGGGAGUGACCUCUGACCGGCUCUCCCCAAGGCUGACGUGAUCGAUCCUUUGAAAGUCCCUGAUGUUUGUCUCGUCCCAGCCCUUGGCAUUUCUAUGAUGCUCCCUGCCUUCUGCCUUUUGUGUGUGUGCUUAGCAACAGUCUGACCCCUCCUCACCCCCAAUCCAUCCUCCUUCUCACCUCCUUGAUGCCUCCUUACCUUCGUCUGACCCCUCUUUUCCUCCCUGAGCCCCCCUCACCCCUCUGACUUUUCUUCACUUCUUAGAGCCCUCCUUCCCCCCAUCCCUGCUCAUCCUCUGACCUUUCCUCCCCCCCCCAUCUCCUUCACCCCUGGCCCCACCUUGCUCCCUUCUCUGCCCCCAGCUCCUUCCUAUUUCUCCCUGCCCAGGCUCUCCUUUGACAUCUCCACGCCUCCAUGAAUGUGUGUCUCUGGGCAGGGCCGCCCCUUGUAGACCAACUGAUCCUCUCAUGCUGGUGAAUAAACUUUCAGAGAGUGGCUCU